AUGAAGAUAGAUGGUCCCCCGCAGAGCACAUGCUCUGACUCUGAUGAGUCAGGGGAUGACGUUCCGGUAGCAAUACAACAACAUCCUCUACGAGUGAAACCAUCUGGAAAUGCCUACACUGCGUCCAGUAACUCGAAGGACUGCAGUGGUUUCUUCGCCAGGCUACCGGACGAGCUGCUUAUGGUUUUACUUGAGUCCUUUGACUCAGACAAGUUGACUCAGCUGGGGGGCACAUGUAAGUACUUGUAUGCCUUCACGAGGUCAGAUGAGUUAUGGCGGGACCUCUUUGUACGAUCAAAACCAAAAGACUUCUCCUGGCACGGCACAUGGCGGGCAACGUAUCUGGGCAAGCCAUCCUCUGCAUUUUCCCGUCUCGACUGCUCAGCCGUCUUCUCCGACGUCCUCCACCGCCCCUUUUUCUGCGCUCACACACCCCUCGACCACUACGCCCGCAACAUUCCGCGCCAAAACGCCAUCGACCGCUUCUCCGAUCUCAGCGAAGCAGACUUUCAAUCUUCCUGGACAAACAAACCCUUCAUCCUCACCGACCCUAUCAAGCAGUGGCCCAUUUACAAGACCUGGAACACCGCCUCGCUCCUCGAGAAAUACGCCUCCGUCACCUUCCGCGCUGAGGCCGUCGACUGGCCACUCAGCACCUACACCUCCUACAUGCACAACUCAUCCGACGAAUCCCCCCUCUACCUCUUCGACCGCUCCUUUGUCGAGAAAAUGUCCCUCACCGUCAGCUCCUCCCCACCCUCCAACUGCUCCUCCUCCACCUCCACCACCUCCACCGACGCAACAGAAGCAGCAUACUGGCCACCCCCCGCCUUCGGCACAGACUUCUUCUCCGUCCUCCACGCCCAACGGCCCGACCGCCGCUGGCUCAUCCUCGGCCCCGCCCGCAGCGGCAGCACCUUCCACAAAGACCCCAACGCCACAUCCGCCUGGAACGCCGUGCUCACCGGCGCAAAAUACUGGCUCCUCUUCCCCUCCCCACCCCCAGGCAUCAUCCUCUCCCCCGACAACGCCGAAAUCACCGCCCCGCUCAGCAUCGCAGAGUACCUCCUCACCUUCCACGCCCUCGCGCGUCGCUCGCCGGGCUGCGUCGAGGCCGUCUGCCACGCGGGCGAGGUCCUGCAUGUCCCCAGCGGCUGGUUCCAUCUCGUGCUUAAUCUGCAGGAGGGCGUGGCGGUGACGCAGAAUUUUGUGCCUAGGGCCAAGGUGCCGGAUGUUUUGGCGUUUCUGAGGGAUGUGCCCGAGCAGGUUACGGGGUUUCGGGAUGAUGUGGGGGAUCCGUUUGGGUUGUUUGUUGAGAGGUUGGGGGCGGAGUAUCCGGAUGUUUUGGAGGAGGGUAUGGGGGUUUUGGAGAGGAGGGGGACGGGGAAGAAGGGGAGGAGGACGAGGUGGGAGGUGUUGACGAAGGGUCUGCUUGGGGGGGAUGAUGGGGAGAAGAAGGAGAGUGGGUUUAGUUUUGGGUUUGGGGGUGGGGAAGGGGAUGAGAGUGCGGAUGAGGAUGAUGGGGCGCAAGGAGGGUUCUCGUUUGGGUUUGGGACGACGGGGGAUGAUAGUGAGGACGAUGACGAUGCACUGCCAGCCCAGUAG